AUGACCUGGUCCCUUGACGAUGAAAUUAAAUUAUUUCAUGGGUUGAUGCUUUUUAAACCAGUCGGUCUGGACCGAAACUUUCAAAUGAUUUGCCUUGCUUACCGACUGCAAGUUAAGGAAAAUUUGCCUUGUUCUAUAAAGAGUAUAUGGGAGCAUUUGAAUAAAUUGUAUAAUUUAGAGGAGCUGAAUGAAUCUGAAGUUAUACCUUACCCUCAUAGACCAGCAGAGUUCUCUCUUCCUGAUGAAUUUAAGGAAAUCAAAUCUCUUGCAUUUCCUCGUGUGUCCUCGACAGCUGCCAAUCCUGAUACAUCCUCCACUGCUGGACUUACUGGGAGACAUAAAAGCAAAUCAGAUUCCACCUAUAAAACAACCUUAUUAGCCGAUGAAAAUCCCUCGACACCAGCGGCUAGUUCUCCAUCCAUCUCACCUCGUUCUGUCUCCUCACCAUCAUCGUCUUCGACUGCUGCCGUGCUGCAGCUUACCAAACGGACUCGGAAGAUGUAUCAAUGCCCCCUCCUAUCUCCGCGUCGUCAGGCAAAGGAACCACAGGCGUCAUCUCCCAUUCUCAUCGCAAGAGCAUACGCCGUCAACACUAAUUUAACCGGUCUAUCAAUUUCUCUCUCAAUGCCCAUUUUGUAUGCCUUCCUCAUUGCAUACAGAAUGGUCUUAAUUAUGGGAAUGGAGGGGAGCGCAAAUAAGCUGGGCAUCGGUGUUAUUCGAGACGGUGAGGUGCUCUCUAACCCGCGAGUCACCUACGUUACCCCUCCCGGUCAGGGAUUCAAGCCGACAGAGACAACAAUCCAUCACCGCGCCCACGUGGUCAAUCUCGUUCGAAGGGCACUUCAGGAGGCGAAUGUUAAGGCCGAGGAGUUGGAUGCUAUCGCCUACACCAAGGGUCCGGGAAUGGGCGGUCCAUUGCAAGUGGUCGCUAUAGUUGCACGUGUGUUGGCCCAGUUGUGGAAUAAGCCGUUGAUUGGAGUGAACCAUUGCGUCGCCCACAUCGAAAUGGGACGUCUUGUGACUGGCGCCAAGGCGCCUAUUGUGCUCUACGUCAGCGGUGGCAACUCUCAGGUUAUCGCCUACUCCGGCGGACGCUAUCGCAUCUUUGGUGAAACUCUGGACAUUGCUCUUGGCAACUGCCUUGAUCGAUUCGCCCGCGUCAUUAAUCUCUCGAACGAUCCCAGCCCCGGCUACAACAUUGAACAGGCAGCUAAGAAUGGGGAUAAAUUCUAUGAGUUGCCGUACGCGGUCAAGGGCAUGGACGUAUCCUUCGCGGGUAUUUUAUCCUACCUCAAAGAACGCGCGCCCAAGCUUCUCAUCUCGGGUGAAUACACUCAAGCUGACUUCUGCUUUUCACUGCAAGAAACCGUUUUCGCUAUGGUUGUAGAAAUCACGGAGCGUGCGAUGGCCCACUGCGACGCUAAGGAGGUGCUGAUAGUGGGUGGGGUAGGAUGCAACCUGAGAUUGCAAGAAAUGAUGGCCUGCAUGGCAAAAGAGCGUGGAGCCAUGCUGUGCGCGACAGACGACCGAUACUGUGUGGAUAAUGGAGCGAUGAUAGCUCAAGCGGGCUACGAGAUGUUCCGUGUUGGAAUGACAACUCCCCUGGCGGAGGCUACCGUUACUCAACGCUACCGCACUGAUGAAGUUGAUGCAAGGUGGCGUGAGUGA